UGUUGGUUCUCUCUCUCUCUCUCUCUCUUUCUUUCUCUCUCUUUAAUCUCUCAUCGCUUCAACGGUUCAAUCAAUCAAGCCUCACUCACUAACACACCCACUCAGCCCUUACCUUUUUUUCUUUGAUUGAGUUCACACUUCAUACUGCACCCAACUCGAGCCAAGCAAACCCAGUUGCCACUGAAUCGGAUCGUCCGAAAUAUUAUUUAUAUUAUUGUAUACAUAGAGGAGAAGAGGGAAUGGCUUACAUGUGUGCAGACAGUGGAAACCUUAUGGCCAUUGCGCAGCAAGUCAUCAAGCAGAAGCAGCAGCAAGAACAGCAGCAGCAGAAACAGCACCAGCAGCACCACCAACAUCAUCAUCAUCACCAUCACCACCAUCACCAACACCAUCUCAACCCUCUCUCCUUACAUCCAAUUCCAUGGAACAACACUCCCACUCUCGGCUACCCUCUCCAUCCCACCGACUUCCCCGACCCCUUCCAACCCGAUCCCCCAUUCCACUUCCCGGACACGCAAUCCGCACCCGCACCGGCCCCCUUCCGCUUCUCCGAUUUCGACUCCGACGACUGGAUGGACUCUCUCAUCGCCGCCGCCGACACCCCCUCCUGGCACACCAAUGCCGAUUUCCCCUUCCCCUCCGAUCUCAACCGCCUCAUCUUCCCCUCCUCCGACACUACCGCCGCCGCUACAUCGCUCCCGCUCCAACCAACACCUCCCCCGCCGCCGCAGGAACCAGUCAACGCCGGCCUCUCCUCCGAACCCGAGUCCGCUCACCCGCUACUCAAAGCCCUAACAGAGUGCGCCUCCCUCGUGGAAAGCGAACCGGAUCAGGCCGCGGAAUCCCUCGCCCGGCUGAGAAAAUCAGUAUCCCAGCACGGAAAUCCCACUCAGCGAGUGGGCUUUUACUUCUGCGAAGCCCUCUCCCGUAAAAUAUGGGCCGAGCAGGACAAGGGAGAGCCCAAAAGUGCGAAGACAACCACCUCAGAGGAGUUGACGCUGUCUUACAAAGCCCUCAACGAUGCCUGCCCGUACUCCAAGUUCGCACACUUAACCGCCAACCAAGCCAUCUUGGAAGCCACCGAAGACGCCUCCAACAUACACAUCCUGGACUUCGGCAUCGUCCAAGGGAUUCAGUGGGCCGCGCUCUUGCAGGCUUUCGCCACUCGCUCUUCCGGAAAGCCCAAUAAGAUCAAAAUCUCUGGGAUUCCCGCCAUCGCUCUUGGGGCCUCGCCCGGCCCAUCUCUCUCCGCCACCGGCAACCGCCUCUCCGAGUUCGCGAAGCUCCUCGACCUGAACUUCGAGUUCACGCCUAUUCUCACUCCCAUUCACGACCUCGACCGCAAGAGCUUUUGCAUUGACCCCGACGAGGCCCUGGCGGUGAACUUCAUGCUCCAGUUGUACAACCUACUUGACGAGCCCCCGACCGCCGUUGACACCGCCCUCCGGUUGGCGAAAUCUCUCAACCCCAAAAUCGUUACCCUCGGCGAGUACGAGGCAAGCUUGACACGUGUCGGCUUUGUGAACCGCUUCAAGACCGCGUUCAGGUACUUCUCCGCUGUUUUCGAGUCGCUGGACCCUAACUUGGCCGCGGACUCACCGGAGAGGUUUCAGGUGGAGAGUCUUCUCCUGGGGCGGCGAAUCGACGCGGUGAUUGGGCCUGGGCCGGUGAGGGAGAGCAUGGAGGACAGGGAGCAGUGGAGGGCUCUGAUGGAACGUGCUGGGUUUGAGUCUGUGAGUCUGAGUCAUUAUGCAGUUAGUCAGGCGAAGAUACUUCUCUGGAAUUACGGUUACAGCUCUCUGUUUUCGCUGCUUGAAUCCACGCCGCCGGGCUUCUUAACUCUCGCUUGGAAAGAUGUUCCUCUCUUGACUCUCUCCUCGUGGCGCUAAUGCUUCUUCUUCUUCUUCCUUUCAAAUCAAAAUGGGAACCCUUUCCACCUGGUCCUUUUUUCUCUGGUGUGGAACCGCUAAUUAUUAAUUAUUUGUCUAUAUGCCAUGGAGGAUCCCUCUGCACUGCUGCACAUUUUCAAUCUCAACUCGCAGACGCGGCGAGAAUUCUGCCAUUUGGGAGGAUUGCCACUUUUAGCAGUUUGGUCCUCUGCUAGUUCCACACCCAUUACUUCUUUCGUUUUCAAUUGAUUUUUUUUUCCUUUUUAGUAGCUUUUUUUCAUCUGGCAAUGGUGUUAUUAGAUUGACUAGGCAAACAGUGACAAUGGGAAUAGGAAGUUAUGGGAUGGAGAAAUCUUUCUUUCUCAUUGCUUCUGGUCAUUGUGACUCUGUAAAUUGGAUUUUGUUGUAUGGGUUUAAAUUGGUCUGAAUGUCAAAGGAUUUUAUCUUUUUAUCUUUA